AUGGAACAGGAUGACGAAGAAGGUGUUAGAACCUUAGAUGAUGAUAAUUUCAUCGAUGAUACUGGGGUUGACCCAGCUGACCGUUAUGACAAUGAUAAUGAUGGCCACUCUCCUCGACGUUUUGCACAGGCAGAGGAAGCUGAAGAGGACGACGAAAUUGAGCGGCUCUUUAAGGGUGGUAAGAAGAAGAAGAAGAAUGACCGACCACGUGCAGAUAUUGGUCUUAUAGUUGAACAGUUCAUUGCUGAGUUUGAAGUAGCCUCUGAAGAAGAUGCCAACCUAAAUAGGCAACAUAAACCAGCCAUUAACAAACUCAUGAAGCUUCCGCUCCUCAUAGAAGUUCUCUCAAAGAAGAAUCUCCAGCAGGAAUUCCUUGAUCAUGGAAUACUCACUCUUCUGAAGAACUGGCUUGAGCCUCUACCUGAUGGGAGCAUGCCCAAUAUGAAUAUUCGAUCUGCUGUACUGAAGUUACUAUCAGAUUUCCCAAUUGAUCUUGAGCAAUUCGACAGAAGAGAGCAGCUCAAGAAAAGUGGCUUGGGAAAGGUUAUUAUGUUUUUGUCAAAAUCUGACGAGGAGACUACUUCCAACAGAAAAUUAGCCAAGGAACUGGUUGAUAAAUGGAGUCGACCAAUAUUCCAAAAGAGCACAAGAUUUGAGGAUAUGAGGGCAUAUGAUGGUGAAAGAGCUCCUUACAGGAGGCCUCAGAUGAAGAAGCCUUCAUCAAGUAGUUCUGGAAUGGAAUCCAGAGACGAUGAUCUUGAUGCUGACUUCUCUCAGCGCAAGUCCGGGCAAAGUGGUUCUAGGCAGCAUGCUUCUAGGCCAGAAGCAUCACCUUUGGACUUUGUCAUUCGUCCACAGUCCAAAAUUGACCCCGAACAGAUACGGGCUCGUGCUAAGCAACAAGUUCAAGACCAGCGCCGGCUGAAGAUGAACAAGAAACUGCAGCAGCUGAAAGCGCCAAAGAAGAAAAACCUCCAGGCUUCAAAGCUUAGUGUUGAAGGCCGUGGGAUGGUCAAGUACUUGUAA